AUGUCUGGCCGAGGGAAGCAGGGAGCCAAGGCCCAUGCUAAAGCAAAAUCUCGCUCAUCUAGAGCAGGCUUACAGUUCCCAGUGGGUAGAAUUCAUCGUCUGCUACGCAAGGGCAAUUAUGCUGAGCGCAUUGGGGCCGGUACCCCAGUGUACCUGGCCGCGGUGCUAGAGUACCUGACGGCAGAGAUCCUUGAGUUGGCAGGUAACGCAUACCGAGACAAGAAGAUGCGCGUGAUCCCGCGCCACCUGCAGCUGGCCAUUCGCAACGACGAGGAGCUCAACAAACUAUUAGGUGGUGUGACCCUCCCACAAAGCGGCGUCCUACCCAACAUCCAGGCAGUGCUGCUGCCCAAGAAGACUGAGAGCCAUCAUCACAAAGUCCAGAGGAAGUAA